UAUCACGGCCGCACUUGCACUGUUUACGGCGUAUCAAAUUAUAGGUAAACAACGCACGCCUAUCUGGAAGAAGAGCAGCAGAAAUUGGAGGGAAUUACCGCGACCCAGAUAGUGGGCCUUUCGAUAAGACAGAACGAAUUAAACUGACCCAAGGAUGGGGAGAUCUAUUUUGUUUUGGAUUUUGGUUUUGGGAGCAGAGUUUCUCCUUGCAGAGGGACUACAGAGACUUGCAGAUGAGCACCAACACCAAAGAGCCAGACGGUCAGUCUCACCGAACCGGAGGGCAGAGAUCAGAAACAUGUCACCCACUGACAGACCGUCCUGUCCCGAGGGUCAGACUGUCCCCCAAACUCGUGUCAAUACCGCAGAGAGGCUGGUCAAGUUGAGGACUGAGAUGAUUUCGGCGGGAAUACACGCCUAUAUCAUUCCCUCCGAGGACGCCCACCAGAGUGAAUACCCAUCGGACUAUGAUCUCAGGAGGAAGUAUAUAUCCGGUCUCUCUGGGUCAUAUGGCCUUGCUGUUGUGACACGUGAUCAGGCGGCGGUAUGGACGGACGGACGGUAUUUCCUGCAAGCAGAGAACGAGCUGGACUGUAACUGGAUACUGAUGAAAAUGGGAGAAUCGGGCGUACCGUCCUCGACAGAAUGGAUGAUAUCUGUAUUGGCGUCAACUACAAACGCAAAGGUCGGGGCCUAUCCAUUCCUGAUCAACAGCGGCAACUGGAUAAGCUACGACACCGCCCUGUCCAAGGAGAGGAUCACUAUGACCCCUACCUCUGAAGACCUCGUGGGUAAGAUUUGGACCACUGGUCGCCCCCAGGAACCUAAUUCUCCAAUCAACGCCCUUCCUAUGAAAUUUGCAGGGCGAAGCUGGCAGGAUAAGAUAGGAGACAUGCAUAACGCGAUGGAGGAGAAAGACGUAGACGCGAUGAUAGUCACAGGCCUUGAUGAAACGGCAUGGCUGUUGAAUUUACGAGCAGCAGAUAUCGCCUACAACCCGUUUUUCCUGUCUUACAUAAUUGUAGAAAAACAAGGGAAUGCCACAACGCUGUACAUAAAGAACGCCGCCACUAAGCUGACCCAGAACCAGACUGACACGGAGACAACGGAGAAGUUAUACCAACACCUGAACACGGGGACAGACGGGGACUGUACAGGGAAAACAGACCUGUGUGUGACGGUUUUGGAGUAUGACCCUGUUGCUGUGCAGGAAAAAGUUCGUACUGUAGCGAACAGCGACGCUACACAGAUGGUGAUGGUGUCUUUCUCCUGUAACCACGCCCUGUCCUCCGUUAUACCAGAGGCCAAGCGACUGCGUGAAAACACUCCUGUAGCUAUAGCAAAAGCCAAGAAAAACGAAGUGGAGAGAAACGGGAUGAGGAAUUCUCAUAAGAGAGACGCAGUAGCCCUAAUCACAUUUAUGGCUGAGCUAGAGAAAAAGGUGAAGUCUAAUGUUUAUAUGACGGAAGUGUCGGCGGCUUUGGACCUAAAAAAAGAAAGAAUGAAAGGGUUAUACAACAGAGGACUGAGCUUUAACUCUAUCUCGGCGGUCGGUUCUAACGGCGCCAUCAUUCACUACUCACCCAGCAAUCUGACAGACAAACAAAUUACCACGUCUGAAAUGUAUCUACUGGACUCCGGUGGACAGUACUUAGAUGGUACCACAGAUGUAACUCGGACUUUUCACUUCGGAACACCCUCUAAAUACGAAAAAGAAUGUUACACCCGAGUAUUGAUGGGACAAGUUGAUCUAGCGAGGUUUAAAUUUGCCAAAACAAAGUUUGGUCCGUAUGGUCGGGAGAUAGACGCGAUCGCCCGCCGCCCUCUGUGGGAGGUCGGGCUUCAGUACCGUCACGGUACAGGGCACGGCAUUGGAAUGUUUCUGAGUGUCCAUGAGGGUCCAGGGAGAAUUUCUUUGUCCCAUGCACCGUUUGAGAGUGAUUCUCCGUUAGAUGAUGGGCAGUUUUUCUCUGAUGAACCUGGAUAUUAUGAAGAUGAACAGUUUGGAAUCAGAUUAGAAAACAUUUUUAUGGUCAAGGAAGUAGAAACAACGUACAAAUUCCCAAACACAACUUUCCUUGGAUUUGAAACAGUUACACUGGUGCCGUACGAGCACAGUCUUAUCAAUUAUGAUCUUUUGUCCCAAAGCCAGGUGGAUUGGAUCAAUGCCUAUCAUAAACGAAUAAUGGACACUAUAGGCGAAGAACUCCGUGUCAAUAAACCGGAAGCAUAUAAUUGGGUGGCUGCUAGAACAAGACCCAUAACUCGUACUGUCAGUUCUUCCACAGUUACAUACCCUUCAUUUGCACUUUUAUCUACAAUACUUAUCUCCCUCUACGUGUGGGUUUAAUGAAUCUCGAAUUUAUUCUGAAAGUCUUGCUGUGUACAGAUUAUUUACUUGCCAUAUUUACAAUGUACAGUCAUUUACUUUUAAAACAUACUGUAUAUAUAUCAUUUCGUCGUAUAGAAAUAUAUACAAUAAUGGCAAUUUACAAUAUUCUUUAUUAGUUUUUAUCUCAUUUUAUUACCUCAUGUGAAUGUAAUUUGAUUAAAUAAUGUUUCAUAUAGCAAUACACUGUAUAUAAGAAUAGAAUAAAAUACAAAGUUAAUUAAGAUGACAAUAAGAUUAGUCCUGGGUUAUAUUGUACUGAAACUCAGCAGU